GAAAGUUUAAACUCUUCAGAAGCUAACAGACUAGGGCAGAAUCAAGAAGACCAUACAUUAGAAGAUACAUCUCUGCUGGUAUUUUAGGGAAUCUACAAUGGAAGAACACAAGAACACUCAGCUAGAUUAUGAUCUCCCUCUUUCCUUCAGCUCCUAUCCAUCCAUCCUUCACCACUCUCCGCCCCAAGCACCCCAUUGCCCUCCUGAAGUGAUAGCCAUUGCAAAUCCCCCAUCCAAACCAGCCCUUCCAAGGUCAGAGAAAGUGGAAAUCUUAAGAUUGGUCCAGUCAAAGAGGAACAUUAACAGUUUGAACAUGGACCUUGAAAGGGACAUGCAGAGAAUAGAUGAAGCAAAUCAAGAACUUCUUCUCAAAAUCCACGAGAAAGAAAACGAGAUUCAGAGUCUGGAAAGUGAGAUCACCCAGACCAGAGACUUGGCUGAAGAUGAGGAGUGGGAGAAGGAGAACUGCACCACAGUAGAGAGGGAAAAAGCCUUGCAGGAGCUGGAAGAAGAAACAGCCAGACUCGAUAGGAAGAAUGAGACUCUGGUCCACAGUAUAGCAGAACUUCAAAGAAAGCUUACAAGAAAAUUACAUAAGGCAACGAAGUGUGAACAAGACAAAACAAAGGGAUCCCCAGAAGAGUCAAAGGCCAAGUUACAACAGCUGGAAGCUUCCUGUGCAGACCAAGAGAAAGAGCUGGCCAAGGUAAUGGAGGACUAUGCAUUUGUGGCUCAGCUCUGUGAGGAUCAGGCCCUCUGCAUAAAGAAGUACCAGGAAACACUGAGGAAAAUAGAAGAAGAACUAGAGACUCGGUUCCUUGAAAGAGAAGUAUCAAAAGUCUUGAGCAUGAAUUUUGUAAGAAAAGAGUCUAACAGCCAAAAUCAUAAGGAUCACUCUCUACAAAAGAAGGGAACACGGUUCUGCAAAAGGAUUUUUCAAUAUGUCUUUUUCACCACCCUAUUUUUCAUCAGACUGCUGGGCUACUUGUUUUUCCAUAUAAGUUUUAUAAAUCCAGAUCUCCUUAUCAACAUACUGCCCAAGAUACUGAGCAGGGACAUCCUGUGGAAGCUAAGAUGCUUCUUCUUUCCAUCUCUCACACUUGAGACAGAGGACAUGUUACCUCACUGAUCCCCAAGAAAUAUCCUUGAGCAAAAAAAGGCAAGUGGUGUCUGAAUCUGUAGACUAAGAGACGGCGGGAUUCGUGGAGGGAAAAGGUUUUCUCCAGUUUUCCCUUGAGGUCUGUCUACUUGAUCACCUUCUCUUUCCAUGCGGUCUUUCCAAGGCUGACCUUGCCCAGGAAAAAGCUCUGUCAAUAGAUUUCUAGGACUACAGAUAAGCUAAAUGUACCAGAUAGU